AUGGUGGGAGAGGUGAGCCUAGAUCAGAAAGUCACCGAUGGCUGCAGACGACGGGUGGGCAACCAUCGACAGACUCCAAACGCUGCUCUUGCCAAGCGGGUCCACCGAUGUGCUCCGUUAGGGCUUAUGGUCGUCGAGCCAGACUACGUGGAAGGUUUUUUACCCGCAACCUUAAGACCAAAAAGGCCACGGCGAUCACUUGCUGCAAAGCUCAGGCUCCAACCGAUACCGUUCGACGGGAACGCCGAUUCCCUACAGCCUGCAACCGAACCUGGAGCUGGACGCGCCUCCUGUCAAAGUAUUGUGGAAUCGAAGCAACAGCGGCAAGACGCUUGCGAGGAUCGUGGUGAGAGGCUUGGCGACGCGCCAAGCGGGUGCGGCAUCGAUGGUUCCCCUCACGGCACUGCCAUUUGUAGCCCAUCCCUCGACAUACUGAUGUACGAGUACCGAGGACCAACGGCGUCAAUAUCGGAAAAUCACCCGUUACAGUCAACACCGUCAGCCAUGGACGUCAGAAGUCCUGCUUCCCCUUCGUUGGAGCCGAUAGGUGGGCCGAAAGUGGCGAAAGGGCAUGGUGACUCUGAAAUGACAUCGGCGAUCCUUGGUAGCUCAAGCCGAUGUAAACAAGUGACCAAUGGGGGGACUACGAUGGCGGCGUUAGAAGGUAAAGGCGGGAAGGCCCCAAAUGGAAGCAACGAGGGAGCGAUACUUCAAAGGAACACAAAAGACAUGCGCGAAACUAGGGGAGGUGCUGCUAUUAGGUCUGGCAGAGGGUUAGAGGCGGAGGAGGAGAACGAGGGAGAAAACGACCCGCAUAUCGCGGACGGUAGCGACGCUGGGGGACGUUUUGCUACAUGGCCAGCGUCAGAAAUGAUCAAAGGGGCGAGAUCGAUGUCGACGAUGACAAAGCAGAACUUUAGAGACGUCGUAAUACCGAUGGCCCUUCCCGGGGAGGCACAUCAGAUGGACUUUGGAGCCGCCGCGAAAGCCGUGGUUCUGGCCUCAGGAUCAUCCCGGUUCAACGUUUCCAGGUAUGCUCGAGGGAAGGUGUUACCAUCGAGAGUUGAGCUCCCUUGGAGGCCCCCGCUGAAACCGCCUUGGCGCACGAAGGAUGGUGUCACGAUAGAGGAACAGCAGCCGGAUCAAUCGGGGGAGAGGCAAGCAUGGCAACUAUAUCGCCAUCAGCAACAGCAGCACUGGGACCUACACCACGCGGCCCUUGAGAUUCAGCGUGCGUGGCGGGGAUACCUCGCUCGGGCGGCGUUCUGGACAGAAGGUGGCGUCGGCCUCCACGCGGUUGCCACCAGGAUUCAACGGAUCUUUCGGGGCUGGCGUGGGAAGGUCCGUGCUGUGCAAGCCUUAUUGGAGAAAAGAGCACGAGCAGCUACGGUGAUAACGGCUUUGGGUCGAGGGUUCCAAGGCCGGCAGGAGGCCAGGCGGCUACGCGUGAACUGGCACAACGCGGCAGCGGCGAAGAUCCAGAGGCACUUCCGAACACGUGCAGCAAGGAGGUGGAUGGAGCAGCUUCAUCUCGUAGCGGCCAUUCAGGGGGCGACGCGAGUCCAAGCUGUCUGGAGAGGUUCUGCCGCCAGGAGGCGAUUCCGCGUGCUCCACUUAGACCAAACCAUGGAAGAGAAGGUUCUCAAAGGUGUGGGGUGGCAGGUCAAGCACAAUUAGCCUAGCUAGAACACAGUUACAGGGGGUCGCGUGGACACGAAGAAAAACUCGAUGCAAGGUGAUGCAGUGGGAAGUGGGCUUGUGCUGUACAGGAAGGGUCCAAGACUCGACUAGAAAACCCCAUCGCUUGUGUUUCUCAAAACGACUUCCGGCCUAUCUCACGAGCCGUUGGAGCAGGCCUACGCUGUCUCGUGCCUACGGGUACACAACACCCCAUCCCUUUUGCGGCAGUCAGAACGUGAUCGAGAGUGCUGGAGUUGACCCUAAGUCUCAGCAAGCGUAGGGACAUGUGUGUUGCUUUCUGAAGUGAACCUGGUUCUCAACGUUGUAUUGGUGUUUCUUUCCAUGCUUCUCCCCAAAACACUGUCCUCUGCUUGUCUCCCCUGAAAAAACUCGUCGCUGUACCACAGCUAUAUGCCUAGACUACACGGGACGAAAAGGGUGGACUAAGAACGCGCAGACGAGGACACCGAGACUUCGCUCAACAUCGGUGUCGCUCUUCGGCGACAUGGUUCACCGACGGCCGUGGCUCCGCUCCAACAGAGGCCAUGCUCGAAGCUUCUUUUUGUCUCCUCGCCGAAGCUUGGGCCCAGGAUCCCGACAGGCGGUCCUACCAAGAGGUGGAAGCGUACUUCUUAGCCGCGACUAGGAUAGCGAGGAGACGACUGUUGUUUGCAGAGACACAAGCAGCGGUUGCGCGAGACGCCGCGUUUGCUGAAAAGCGAAACGCCAAAGAGUUGAGCGCCAAAGGCGGUGCAAAGAACGGAGGCAAGGGCGCAAGCGGGGGGCUUACUCAAAGAAUUGCGGGAGGAUCGGGAGGCGAGAGAGAGCAACAGACCGAUGACGAGCAGGAGGAGCAGAAAGACAAGAAGGUGCAAGAGAUUGGGCCCGAGGAAGAGGAGGACGAAGACGAGCCCGAGGACGUCACCGUUUGCAGAAAGGCAGCUGCGGUCGCCACGUUCCACGUCGCGCUUUGGAGCCAAAUCGCGAACGGAAAUCAUGACAUGGAUCUAAGAAGGUCGGAGACGCUGGCGGCAUACCGACGCACGGAAAGGCUUUUCUCGAUAGCAAUGCAACUGGACACCAAUUUUGAGCUGCCAGAGAUAAAAGCUUCCGAGCGUGUAUUCAGCUCCUUCUAUCGGGUACGAUCAAGGUUGUUGACGACCCGUCCUCUGCGCCUCAAGCUCCCACCACACCCGGAACCUCCUACAGCCGAGAAGGGCGAGAGUACUGGGGACGAGACAUCUACUCCUCGAGGGUUGUCUGGUCUGCCGGCUGAUCCUGCUGCACGGUCUCUACAAGACCAGCAGCAGCAACGGCAGCCGCAGCAGAAGGAGGAACAACACCAGCGUCAAAACCUAGACGAACAACACAUUCAGCAAUUGCACGAACAAGACUGGCAACUGCAACAGCACGAACAAGAGCAACGGCAACAACAGCAAGAACCGGAACAACAGCAACGCCAAACGAAGCAGCUCCUAAAGUCCAUCCUUGUCGACACCCCUCUCGGAAAAAUCUUGACCCCUUCAAGCCCAAAGCGGCCUCAUG